AUGUUACACCGCGCCAUCCGCCCGAAAAUCUCAACCUUCACGACUAGAUAUCAAUAUCCAAAGCGCACCUCCCUCCCAUACGGUGUUGCGUACCAUCAUCCAACCCCCUCAAUCAAGUUCUCGUCCUCAUCCAACAACCUCCCAACCAGCAACCCCAACUCCACCCCCGGCAACAAACCUAACAACGCCGCCCCCCACAACACCCACCAGAUCAACCCCCCAAUCCCCAUGGCCAAAUCCCAAUUGACCGACGCCGACCGCGCCCGCGUCCAAGCCCGCAAUGACGCAAUGAGCAAGGCACUGGGUGCCAUCGAGCCGUACGACCCCGACCUUGUUCGCGAAGCGCUCCUAGCAGUAGCGCGAGACCACCCAGUCGAUGACGCCGUGCGCGAGGCGUACGCGGACGAACUGCUGCGCGGCAUGGCUGACUCCGAGCCGUUGGACGAGCUAGAGAGUUCGCUGGCUUGCCCGCUGCUCGCUCCGGGCGCGCCUUGGGGGUUGGCUGUGUAUCGGGUUGCGUACGGUGGUGGUGAGGGUACUGAUGAGGCGUGGCGGCGGAUGGUGGAGUUGAUUGGUGAGAGCGUGAGGGAGGACUUGGAUAUGAGGGGGAGGUUGGAUUUGUUGCCGCGCCAUCGGCUGGCGGUUGUGGAUGACCGGGACCGAUUUGACGGUGCUUCGCCUGAUCGGGUGCGGGAGCACUUUGUGAAGUGGGCGCGGGACGAGUUCAGGCGAAAUCAGAGGGAGGAGCCGGUCACGGAGGAUGAGAUGGCUAGGUUUUAUCACACUGGUCCUUUGGAGGAAUUCGUGGGCACGAGGUACAACUUUUGUUUGGUGGUGGACGAUAUCUGUCUCGAGUCGCUUGAGCACAUGUCCGACCCCGUAGUGAAGCUAGUGAGGAAGGACUGGGCACCCUACGAGCCGGAGUUGGAAGAGGAUGAGGAUUAUGGGGACAAUCCGGGCUGGGAAGGUGGAGUGAGCAACAACGAGUUUGAGGACGUGGGUUGGAUGUAUAUGAAUCUUUCGGAUUACGUGGACAUUCAGGACAGCUUGGAUGACCCGCACGACUGGGAGGACGAUUAUGUGCGGCCACCGCUUAUGCGUUGGCGGGAUGAUUUUGAGAAGACCGCGCCGGGAUUUUGGCGAAGGGGUGGGAAGUCUGAUGGCGAAUGA